UUCGAAUCAAUUAUCAAUUUACCACUAUAAAGAGUGCAAAGCUCUCUGGCGUACGAUUUCUUCACAGACGACCCGUCUAGGCGAAUAAUUGACAUGGUCAAAACCAAGCUGCUAUCGCUGCUCUUGCUGCUGAUUGCACUCCCGCAAAGAAUGGAGGCGAAUAAUACCAAUGAAGCGGAAACAACAACGAAGAACAUAGAUAAUCCAACCGUGGCAGCUCCAACUGUCACAAAACAUCCAGAGACAACUGUGAAGAACAUAGAUAAUCCAACCGGGGCAGCACCAACUGUCACAAAGAAGCCAGAGACAACUGUGAAGAACAUAGAUAAUUCAAACGAGGCAGCACCAACUGUCACAAAGAAUCCAGAGACAACUGUGAAGAACAUGGAGAAUGUAACCGGGGGAUCACCAACCGUUGCAAAAAUUCCACAGACAACUAUGAAGGGAACAUCCAAGGGAUCACCAACCGUCACAGAAAUUCCACCCCACCUAGGGGUCACAAGCGACUCUAACAAGACUUCUACGGAUUUAAUUGAUUUGAUCACAUACAAAGCCCCCGAGGAGGCGAACCUGGAGAAUGGCGGCCACCAGAUUUCAUUACCGGGUAAGAAUAAGAAUCAGGGCAUCCGGCAUGUGCACGCCCACGAUGGCUUCCACAAUAUAAAGCGCGAGCCUCUUUGGGCUCACUGGAACGAUGCUUUCGAGAGUAAGAAGGCAGCGGCGCAAAAUACAUAAAUACUUACCAUUCAACUUCAAUAAAGACACCCUGUAUAAGUCA